AUGAGACAAUAUGCUGCGGCUAGAGAGAACGGCCACCCGCCUAGCGAUUUGGUUAUUACGGGCGGGUUUGCACGAAACAGCUGGGCCAUAACGUAUCUUGAGUCGGAGGUGCAGAAAUCAAUGCCUGGAAUCAAAUGUACCACCGAAGUUGUGGUUGAGACCGUGGCUCAAGGAGCCCUCAGAUAUGCGCGAAACCCAUUGAAGGAAACAACCACGGCUCGUGUUGAUGUGGGUCUGUCUUACUUGGAAGACCGCACCCCUUCGGGGAGGCCCUUGGGAGGAGACCGCGUGGAAGAUGCCAUUGGCUGGGUCAUCUUGAAGGGUGAAGCCGCUGGAACCGAGAGUCGCGUGGUAUUGAUUAAAACUGUCUUUCGGGACAAGCAAGAGCGAUCCAAUAAAUUUAUCUCGUCUAAGGUCUGGACAACGACAGAUCGGUUUGAUCAAAAGAAGAUUCAGCCCAACAGCUGGAACGACUGGGACUGUCCAAUCACGUAUCCAAUUAUUGGAUUACGAUCGGAUUUAAACUGCAUCGGCAUCAUCGAGGCCAAGAUUCCACAAGACACAUUAUUUCCCGCCGGCAGCAAGCAUGCUCAGGUGGAGGCGCGAUUUCUUUUCACCGUUAGACCUAAGGACCAACUUCUCGAAGCGACAGUAUUCCUCAUGCGCGACAACUACACCCCAUUGUUGCUUGAAAAGUCCUAUGUGUCCGCCCCCGCCUGGGUCCCUCAAUCAGAAUUUGACGUCGACGGAGAUCGCCAUGAUAGUCGCCAAUCACCAUUUCUCACAAGUGAGCCCUUGACAAUCUCGGCAACAGGCAAGGUGCAAAAACGAAGAAAACGUGCGCCGAAAGGAGAGUCCACGGACUCAGUACUACCGCCUCGGUCUAGCAUUGAAGAGAUACCAUUGCCUCGGAGUCGAAGAAAAAUUCGACGUCUUGGGCCUCUAAAGCCACGCCGAUCAUUGUCAUUGUAA